UAUACCCUCGCUAAACACAGAAGGCACCUUCAGAUCACUCGCUUAGGCUACACGGCACGAUGCCUGUUUGGGAAGAAUUGAUCUGUGGCCAGGUCGCAGAAGUAGGCGGCUGGCCUGCUGAUUGGCGUCUCUGGAGGUCUUGCGUUGGCCGUCUGUUGGGGUCCCCCGAGUCUCCCGCCUGUUCUGCGUUGUGCUUUGAUCCUGUCGUCCCCCAAUGCGGCCGACCAUCUCGAGAUCCAUGGCUGCCAUUGGUCCCGUCACGUCUUUCAACAGCUGCCUUCCCAGAAGGCAAAUCCUACCUCACCCCGAUCUAUUGGCGUGUUCUAUCCGUCUGGCCCCGUGACUCAUAUCUGGGCCUCUGCCUGCGGGCCUGUCCUCGCUGUUCCCUUCGCUUGGUUCGGUGUGUUUUGACUUCAACGCGUCAUUCUUUCCCGAGCCCCGUGUUGUUUCGACUUCGCCUCAACACCGCAUCACCUCCUCCCUUCAGUAAAGCCGAUAUCUUUUCAUAUUUUGUUCGGUUUAUCCCCAGUCACUGCUUAUCAUGUACCGCGUGUUAUUGCCGCAGCCUACCUCUUCCUCGUGUUCGGGGUGUCAGGCGGCCGCCCAACGUAUCUGAGAAUCGUCUCGCGUUCCGAGGAGCAUUCAAGCCACAUACAACAGCGAUGAUGUCUGACGCAUCUGGGCAACUUUAGUACUGGUCAGAGUUGAAGCUUAUCCGGAUAACCUUUCAAAGGACCCCUGAAGCCCUUGAAGAAGA